CACCGACCACAAAAAGAGAAGAGAAGAACAAUAAGCUGCUCCAGGUUCUCUUGGUUAGUUGAACAUGUUGGACUUCAAGUCAACCGUGACGUUUCUGCUGGUGGGAUGCCUCCAUCUUCAGCUCUGCUUUUCUGCACCAGUUGAUAAUGUUAAAGGUCCACAAGCGCCACCUUCAAACACAAGUCCUGUCGGAAAUAACGGAGUUAAAGUGCCCCCAGCCCACCCAACAAUUGUGUCGUCUAACGCAGGCAAUGUUGGGAGCGGAAACAUGGUCCACGUUACUCCUGGAGCUCCUGGAAAUCCGGUGAAUUCCUCAGGGUCAGUCGUUGCCACCGGGAGCCCCAAACCACCAGUAACGGCCAUUUCUACGUCUCACGGCACCUCGGCUAACGCUUCUAACGGAGCUGCCCCUGUAAUCCCUUCUGCUGGAGUAACUACAAGCCCUUCAAACACAGCCACUGGUUCCACAGCAGGUUCUUCCGGUUCCGGCAACAACGUAGCUGUUGGCGUUUUACCUGGAGUUUCCCCAAGAGCUGGCAAUCCAUUAAACGCAACCUCCCCUGCCGGUGGUGCCUCUGCAGUAACUCCCCCAACCAUCGGCAGCGCUACUGCUGCAUCCAACCACAAUGUGCCAAAUGGAGAAGUCGUAAGCAUUAACGCUGGAGGAGGCAAUCCUGCUGUGUUCAACCCCUGCCCUGACCAGUGUCCCAAAGGUAUCGGUGGAAACCCCCCAUGCGUAUGCCUGAACUCAGUGCCCGGCGUGAAAGGACCUAACGCCGGGGGACGCUUUUAAGAAACAAAAUCCCCGAAAGCUCUGGAAUAACCAAGGUAUAUUCCGGAUGACUUCGCGCAGACGCGUUCCGCAGCUUCACACACUACGUGACCUCACACCCUGUAUGCGGGGGUGCUUUUUUUUUUUUUUCUAGUGCAAUAAAUUAAUUCAAUAUUUCAGCAUAAAAAAAA